GGCUGUCAUAAAAUUUCGUUGGCUUUUGCAAUCGAGUGUAAUGUUAAAAUGAUUUAAAUAGCCUUUCUUUUAUUGUGUUUUGGUUUAAGCUGAUGGUCUUGUUUAUUGCUAAAUAAAACAAAAAACCGGUUUUAUCAAUACAAAUUAUUUCACCAAAUUACCAAUUGUGGGUAAAGGUGGAAGUGAAGGAUCAACAUCAAGAAAUUUCAAAGUUAUUAGACUUCUUAUCUUACUAUUAAUGUUAUUUAUUAAUAACAAGAUAGUUUACUCAAUUAUUUAAUUUAUUAUUCAAUUUCACUCUAUACAAAACUUUUAAAAGUUAUAAAAUAAUGGUCAUGCAUUAGUCAGUACUAUAAGAUGGCUUGGAUGAAAUGGAUUUUUAAUUCACGAAAUAACAACUGGAAAGUGUAAAGUAAUAACUAAGAAUGUCAUUUAGACGAUUGUUACACUGGGGACCAAUAGCAGUUUUAUGUAGGUAUAAUAAAACUAAUAACAUGGUCUAUGGUCCAUUUGAUAAGUAUGUGGUGGCCGCCUCAGACGUCUAUAGCAGCAACACUUCAUUCAAUAACAUUCCUAAGUCUGGCAGCUCUUACACUCUAUUUUUUUCUACAGUCAUUACUUGAAGGCCCUGGCUAUGUACCAAAAGGAUGGAAGCCGAAAGAUGAAGAAGAUGUGGAAUUUCUCCAGUACUGUGUGAUAUGUGAGGGAUAUAAAGCACCUCGGUCCCACCAUUGCAAGAAGUGUGGUCGCUGUAUCCUCAAAAUGGACCACCACUGUCCUUGGAUCAACUGCUGCGUGGGACACAAGAAUCACGGGUACUUCACCAUCUUCCUAGGGUUUGCUGUCCUUGGUUGCUUUCAUGCGUCUAUUGUCCUCGUAACUUGUUUGUACCACGGCAUACACCGAGUGUGGUACAUGUACAACGGCACGGGGCAGGAACCCAUCAUCUACCUUACCCUCACCACGCUGCUCCUGACGCUGCUGGCCACCGGGAUGGCAGUGGGAGUGGUUCUGGCUGUGGGCGCCCUGCUGUACUUACAGAUCCGAGGAAUUCUUCGCAACCGUACCACGAUCGAGGACUGGAUCAUGGAGAAAGCGAUCUGCAGGAGAGAGGAGCAGGGUCUGAACCCAUUCGUGUACCCCUACGACCUCGGCUGGAAGUGGAACUUGCGAGCCGUUCUGUGGGGCCCGCGCUCCGACGGGCUCACGUGGCCUCUUGUUGAAGGCUGCCAUGAGUACGACCUCACUAUGGAGCAGAAGGCGCAGAAGGUGGAGAAGCACGUGCGGUCGCGGUUGUACGUGGCAGUGGAGUCGUAUUCAGGCGCGUGGUGCCCGCUGAUUUCGUGGCCCCGCGCCGCUCUUCGCGCGCCCUGCUCCGAUGAGUCGCGCCUGCCGCUGAUCCCCGGCGACUGCGUGCGAGCGACGCGUCGCCGCAGGCACUGGCUAUUCGGUGAGAAAUUAGUGGAGAUGAGUGAAGCAAGUCGCGGACCGCGGGGUUGGUUCCCGAUGGAGGCAGCGGUGCCGGCAGAUACUGUGAAGACUAAGCCUGAUUAACAUUCAAAACGAGAUGUAAAGUUUUUUACUGUUGAUUGUCUCCUUCACACCUACUUUUAUUAGGGAAGGAGAAAAUGAGACAAACAGAUGUUAUUAUUAUGAUUAUGUAAUUAAAUUUAUAUAAUUGGCGGAUACUAACGUGGGGCGCACUAUUAGUUUCCAGAAUGAAAAAGAAAAAACUUACUAUGAAUGCUCAAACUUUAAUUUAUUGUUUCUCAAUACUGCGUGAAACAGAA